CAUUUGCUCCUGGCUGUUUGAAGAGGUGGUUAGCAUCUAAUGUGAUUGUGCGGCAAAUUUUAAUCAAAGUUGUUUUUGCAAUUAUCACGAAGUGACUGUGAAAGUGUUUGUACGUUGUUCCUGGCUUAACACAAAUCUCAUGUGCACUAACCAGUGAAGGUAUGGGGGAGUUCCGGCGCACACAGAGUAAGGUGUGGUGGUCACACUACCCAGAGGAUGAGGACGAGGAAAUGAUGGUAUCAUCACCAUCACUGCUGCCAGGCUGGGGACCCGGGGUUCCUCUGAGCCCAGACCGUGGCAGUCCCAGCAAUGGCAGUCACAAGAGCCAGGACUCUGGAUUCUCGGAUUCUGAAGGUUCAUCCCCCCACAACAAACCUUCAGAGAGUCCUGAAGAACAGCAGCAGGAACCGUCCCUCCCAAGAAUACUCCCGGAUACUCCACUGACGAGGAUACCCCGGGUGUGCUUAUCGCGAUACAAGACCACCCUGACACUCGACAAAUGCCUCAACAACACCUGGAAUGGAGAGACAGCCGAAACAUCAGGACGUUUCUUGAGGUUUAACCAAAGUGAAUGUGUCCUUUCUGUGUUUAAAAGUGACUGGGAUGGUUCCACUGAACAUCUCAACAUUGAGGAGGCCAGGACAUCGUUUGUGAUUGAAAGCGAGGAGGAGUGUGAAAGCAAAGAGUUACCAAAGAAUACAUCUGUAAGUAAUAUGGUGGAACCGAGUGAAAACAAAGUAGAGCACAGUGCACAUGAAAUAACGGAAUCGUCAGUCCCUCAGGAUUCAUCAUUAGACAGUAGUAUCAGCACUACUGAGAACCAGACUGCCCUGUUUAUCCCAAAACCUUCUCUGAAUCUCCGGCCAAAGUCUCCCACUUCAGUACUCCCAACAAGUCCUGUAUCUUCCAGACCUAACACUCCUUCCAGACUGAGUCCCUCCCGCUUCCUCCUGACUCCCAAGACGUCUCGGCUCUCAUCCUGGAACUCAGAUCUGGAUCUGACAGCAAAUCUGGGAGCACCAACUCACUGCUCGACUCCAAAGACCAACCCAAUUGAAAGGGUUCAACCUUUAAGCUCCAGAUUUGCAAGGAGGCCUGUGAAUCUUAAUAAACAUUUUGAAAGCAGUUCGGAGCUGAGCGAAGAGAGGGAACCACCACCUCCUGUACAGCAAUGGUGCCGUGAGCUACGAUGCGUGUGUGAGCCUGAGUGUAUGACCACGUUGCAGAGCAAGUCCUUGACAGCAGACCUGAGUAGACAGGUGACACUCAUGGCUGCCACCACGACAGAGGCUGUCCGUACCUUGCAAAACCGCACAAGGCUCAUCUCCACUGAGUUCACCAAGCUAUACAGAAAGGUGGAGCAGGGUCAUUUGGAGCAUGUGGGACCUCUGGUACAGAGUCUGCUGGGUCAUAUCAGUGAGCUGUUAGCAGUGACAGAGAGUGACUGUAGCGAGCUGCUAGCAGCUAGCGAAGGGCUGCGGGCUCUAGCGACUGCAGCACAGCCCCAGCAGCCAGCCCUGUCUGAGAGUGUCAGUAGGUUGGGUCUUGCGUUCACUGGGGUUGUCGAUGAUCUACUUGCCCGCCAGAUCAAGUUGCUGGUAGGUGUGCUGGAGGAGCCAUCAUCAAGUCUAGCCCUUCUGUCCGCCCUGUCCGCACUCUCAGGCCUAGGUCUGGAGGCUCCUCACCUGGGUGAGCUAAUGUCUCGCUGCGCGGGGAUCCGAGCCCUACUCGUUGUCUGUAUAGACUCUCGGUCCACCUCUAUCAGAACUGCUGCCCUCCGCAUCCUUGCCACCGUCUGUUGCUCCAGUCUCACCAUACGUCAGUUUGAGCAGGGUGGUGGGGUAGAGAUAAUCUCAGACAUCAUAGCGGACGAGAAGAGGCCAGAGACGGAGGUGACAGAAGCAGUGUCGGUGCUGGCUCAGGUGACAGCCCCCUGGGUGGAGGACAACCACUCGGUACAGGGGCUCACGGAGCAGCUCACUGUCCUGGUAGCCGCACUCACACGCCUGGUGAACAAUACAACUAGCAGCCCCACUCUGCUGCUGACUGCUGCUGCUCUCUGCCACCUCAGCCUGCUGGAGCCCCAGUGUGUCUGGAAGCUGCUAGAGUGCACGACAGCCGGUACCUUGCUGCUAGCAGUUCGUCGCCAGGGCCCCCAGGCAUCUGUCUUUCUCAUGGAGCAAGCAGCAGGUCUGAUAGCCAAUAUGGCCGCAGUCCCUGAAGCUCGACCCCAUCUGGCAGAGCACCGAGCCAUGGUGGCACUCCUGUGUUUCCUGCAAGUCCGCCACUCUCCUCUCCAGCGAGCAGCAGAGAUUACCGCAGCAGAGCGAUUACAACACAAGUCUGCAAUCGCACUCUCCAGGUUAUGUAGUGACCCCAGUGUUGCAGCUCAGGUGGUCGAUCUCCAAGGCGUGAACAGACUUGUCCGGUUAUGUAAGGAGGAGAAGGAGAGGAACCAUAGUGACGGUGUCUUGGUGGCCUGUCUGGCGGCAUUGCGCAAGAUCGUUGCCAAUUGCGGCACGAAGGUGGUGGACGAGUUAAACGCCCGUGAACUCAUCGAACCUCGUCUGCUGGACUCGUUUUUGCUGUACUCUUCACGGCAGGAGAGCUACGUGUGAGCUGCAGUACACAGUUCGGGUUACAGUCACAUUGUUCGGGCCGCUCGACUGUGCACACAUGUUUCUUUCCUGAAUUGACACCUUUGUAACUUGAGUUGUUUCUACUAAUUCCUGAUAUCGCUUGACUUAUUCAUUCUACCCUGAAGUAUAGAUUACAGACCGGUUGUUUUGCUACAGAUAGAUAUCAAAACUAGUCUAGUAUGGAUUGCUAUUCAAAUGGAAUUAUUCUUAGUGAAUAUUUUAAAUCCAGCAAUACUAUUCAAUUUAAUAUUUAAAAUGUUAUUUUAUACUAUAUUUUACUAAUUUUUAUUGCAGUUUUAAUUAUGUUAUGUAACCAUGAUUACUUAAUAUAACUUUUAUUAAUAUUAAAGUUUUGCUACCUAAGGAAAGUAUGUUUUAUCUAGGACAAUAGUAAUACAGUAAUCUUAGUCAUCAUAUAAUGGGUUGGAAAUAAAUUUUAAUUAAAUUUCUUAUGCUCAAAGAAACAUAUCUUAUUAGUUUUUUUUUGGGGGGGGGGAGGAGGGCACCAGGAAAUUGACAUUAUGGGUUUAAAUGGUUUUAACUUAUUUUUAGCCAUUAUGAAUAUAUUUUAUAGUGCUGCUCCAAUAAGUAGACCAAAUUGUGGAGGUUUUUCCAUUAUUGAAGACAAAGUGAUAUUCUGAAGCAUUUAUAUAGCAUGUGAUUUCACUAAAAGAUUUUGGUUAAAUUAAUAUAAAUUCUCCAACAGACCAGUAACCCUCUUAAGAGGGCAUAAAACCAUAUAACUCCUAAAUGCUAGAAGCAGAGCUUGAUCAGUCCUCAUGUUCAGAGAUAGCUAUCUUAGAAAGGUUCAGAACCUGCUUGACUAAAUGCGAUGUUGACAAGCCAAAAAUGUUAAUCUUGGAUACAUAACAAGUUUAAAUUUAACGAGAAAGGAAAGUUUAAGCUCUGCGUCCAAGGCAUGUGAAAGGUUUCAGGUGGUUUCGUAAUACGUUGUGCGGUCUGGACAGCUAAGAUUUGUAAGGUUUCAAAAUUAAUAUCGAUUUUAGAGAGAAAAUAUGUAUGAUCUCUUAUCAACCUAAAAAUCUUUCAGAAAUUGAUUAUUUUACAGGCAAUAACGUUUUACUGUUGUCAUUUUCUUAUCUUUAUUAUAACUGUAUUCAUAUUCUGUUCCCAAAUAACUGAUAAUAAUACAACAAAACAAUAUGUUGCUGCAACAUUUUAGGAGAAGAAAUGUUGUAAAAACAAACUUCAAAACAGAGUAUAUUAAUGUUAAAAAUUUAAUUUGAAACUUUUGUAGUAGUUAACGAUUAUUUUGAGUGUGCUCUCUGCAUUAAAAUUUUUGUUUAAAUACAAUAAAUUGAAACAAGUAUUUUAACCUGUUAUAUUCUCUUAUUUUUCUGUAUAAAUACUAUCAUAGUAUUCACAAAGUUUAUAUCUUGUGAGAAUAUCUAAAAAUAUAAUUUUAUAUGUUCCAAAAUAUGAACAUACAAAAAAAUAAAAGUAAUAAUUAUUUUGUAAUAAGCAUAGAACCACCAAUACUCCAAAGGUUUUAAAGUGUAUCUUGUUUUCAGUUACAGGUAAAUUAGUCUUUAUCUGUUUUCUGAUUUAUUUCGUUAAUGUACAUUAUGUAUAAAUGUAUAUUAUGUAACAAUGAAAUUAUAGUGCCUUCUCUUCUGUUUCUGUCUUUCUUGGCAGCCAUGACAUUGAUUUUCCAUAAUUCUAUGUUUAUAUAUACAGUAUAUAACGUAUAAUUUGGUAAAAUUAUAAGAAAUGUGUGUAAAUUUAUUAGAAAAGUUUUAGUAUUAUGUAAAUUGAGAAAUUGUAUAAAAUAUUAAGAGUGUGAUGUUUAAGGUGGCAUUAUGAAUUACAGAACAGUGCAAGCAAAUUAAAUAGGCCUGAAAAUGUGGUUUAUUUUUAAUAAUUUUGCCAUUUUCAUCUAUAUCAUCUCAAUUAAUAUUAUUAAUUACAUUAAUAAUACUCAAUUGUAAUUAUAUGUUAUACUAAGUUUCAUGACAGAUGUCCAGAAAUUAAAGAAUGGUUCUAGCUACUUCAUUCCAAUUUUUAUCAAAUUGCCAAUUAUAUUUUAUUGCCAUGUUAGCUGUCAUUAAUUUGUUUUAUUAAUGAUUAUUUAAUAUGUUAAACAUAUUAACUUUUAUGUCUCAAAAGUCAUAUUUAAAAUUGCUAUGAAGUUUCUGUUAGUAAUCAUGUUAGCUCAAUGAAAGCAUUACCAUGAGACACUCAAAGAAGAGAUUUCGA